UACAUGUGAGGUGUGUGCAAAUCCAGUUGUGUAGAAUCAGGAGACACAUAUUUGUAUUAACAUCUCUCCUUCUCUCUGCAUCUCUUUCUGAUUCUUUCUGAGCUCUUCCUCUUUUCCCUUAUACAUUUUAUAGAACUUUAAGUCUGGAAUGUACACACAUUUUUACAGUACUUCAAGUUCUAGUAAGUGCAGACUGAUACACCUUAUAUUCCUUUGACUGAUGCAAACAAAAUGUCCAUUAUUUCACUUUUCUCAUAUUAAAUAUUAAUAAUUAACUUUUGGCGAUAAUGUGAAAUUAUAUUGGUAUAAGCUACGUCAAUUUCAGGGAGUACAUCAUUUAUUCACGUUAUUGCUGAUAAAUUCCAUGCCCUUGUCUUUUCAUAAGAUCAUUUCAACCCCCUACCAAGUUGUUUUCUUUUUGAAGAUUUCUUUUAAAAAUUGCUAAAUACUUGGUCUUGACAGGAAACAUGUGGUAAGAAAGAAUGGACCCGAAAAAUGGAAGUUCUUUCACUGGCUUUAUCCUGCUGGGUUUCUCUGACCGGCCUCAGCUGGAGCGAGUCCUCUUUGUGGUUCUUCUCAUCUUCUAUCUGCUCACCCUGCUGGGAAACACAAGCAUCAUUGCAUUGUCCCGCCUGGACCCACACCUGCAGACUCCCAUGUACUUUUUCCUGUCCAACCUAAGCUUUCUGGACCUGUGUUACACGACCAGCACUGUUCCUCAGCUGCUGGUUCAUCUCAGGGGAGCAGACAAGUCUAUCUCCUUUGCUGCUUGUGUAGCUCAGCUGUUCGUCGCUCUAGGGUUGGGAUGCACAGAAUGCAUUCUGUUGGGGGUGAUGGCAUUUGACCGCUACGCAGCCGUCUGCAGGCCCCUGCACUACACAGUGAUCAUGCACCCCCGUCUCUGUGCCCUGAUGGCUUCUGCAUCGUGGUUCAUUGGUUUUGCCAACGCCUCGUUGCAGACGGUGCUCAUCUUCCUUGUACCACUUUGUGGGAGAAAUAAAAUAGACCACUUCUUUUGUGAGGUCCCCCCACUGCUCAAGCUUGCCUGUGUUGACACCACUGUGAAUGAGUCUGAGCUCUUCUUUGUCAGUGUGAUCAUUCUUCUCAUACCUGUGGCAUUAAUCACGUUGUCCUAUGGUCGAAUCGUCAGGGCAGUGUUAAGAAUAAAGUCAGCCACAGGGCAGAGGAAAGCGUUUGGGACAUGUGGGUCCCACCUCACGGUGGUGUCCCUGUUCUACGGCACGGCCAUCUAUGCUUACCUGCAGCCCAGCAACAACUACUCCCAAGAUCAGGGCAAAUUCAUUUCUCUCUUCUACACCAUUGUCACCCCCAUGGUCAACCCCUUCAUAUAUACUCUGCGGAACAGGGAUGUGACGGGAGCAAUGAGGAAGGUGUUCUGUGGGGGCUAUGACUCCAGAUGACUGGGGGGCAAGACCCUCUGAUGGGAGAAUUUGAGUUCAGAGUCUUUCUGCUUUUGUGUCCUGCACGUGUCAUCCAACAUUUCCCCUGACGACUCUCAAGGGGAUUUUCUUAUCUCCUCUUUCGUGCAAGUGAGUGUUCAAAAUCUGAGUUCAUGGAUUCAUUGCAACCUCCAGAGAUUCUGAUUUAGAGUAUCUGCGUCAUAUUAUUUUUCAAAAACCUCCACAAGAUUUUGUUAUUUCACUCCCUUUUGGGAGCACUAUUUCUUUCCUAAUUGCAAACAGAAUCUACACACAUAUGAUAAAAACACAGCCAAUAAGAAUAUGUAACACCAAUACAGUGUCAGAAACAAUUAUGUAUUAAAUUUGUUUUAAUGUUUAUUUAUUUUGAGAGAGAGAGAGAGAGAGAGAGACAGAGAACAGAAGUGAGUGAGAGGCAGAGAGAGCCAAAGAGAGGGACAAUCCCAAGGAGGAUCUGAGCAGCUAGCCCAGAGUAUGAUUAGGGGCUGGAACUCACAAACUGUGACAACAUGACCCAAGGCAAAAUCAAGAUUUGGAUGCCUAACUGACUGAGCCACCCAAGCACACCAGAAAUAUUAAUAUUUUAGUAUUUUCUAACAAUUGCUGGAGGCAUAUCCCUUUUUCUUGCAUUUUGAUCAUGGCUGUGAUAGAAGGUCCAUAAGUUGACUGUAUCACAGCUCUUUGACACAAGUAGGUGGGGCAACAGUGUAAAAAACUUUUAGGUCAAAGAAAAACCUACUAACAUCAAUCCAGAUAAACCCAUUCAGAUAUCAGGCCCUCGUGUGACCUCACAGGUAUGACAAUGGUUUUAUGUAGCCUUCAUGUCACGGAGGGGGAGGGCAUGAUGCAUACCUGCCAGUGACACUAAGAACUUGAGCUGGUAACACGCCAGGUGGUGCUCACGUGUCAUUAUGUGCAAAGUCGGAGAAGCACCAAUGUGCGGUGUGCACGUUGGUGAGAUUCAGUUUGUGAUCCAACCCGUUCAUUAGAAAUGACUUUUGGGGACAUUAUCAUGGAGGAACAAUACAUGACCCAAGUCAUAUUUCAUAUGCUACAUGUUUUACCUAUAGUGACACAGGAAACGUUUUAAAGGGUAAAAGGUAUUUAGAUCCUCUUUUCAUACCAUUUUCAAAUUCUUUUAUCCAGGCUUCAAGUGAUCAAGGCUUUUAUAUCUCACAUCCUCCAAGGGCCCCAUAUAUUUGAAUGCGGCGACAUACUAUGAAAAUAUGGGAAAUGAAUACUACUUCCCAGAAAAUCCCAUGUUCUGUGCAGAUUGCUCAGAUUCCCCAGGAGGAAACUUAAACAAAAUAGGAUUGUAUGUUAAUUGUAAAAAAAAAACUCCAUAUGUCUUAUCUUUACAAGUAGCCAUCUCAUUAUGAAAUAAGUGUUAUACAAUUCUGAGUGAUGAGUAAGAAAUAGAAACAUCCCAUAACAAGUGAAUGUGACAUUGUAGUCUUCCUUUUAUUUUUUACUUUAUUAA